AUUAAAAUGCCGAUCCUGUUCAGCAUGAUUUCGCGCGGCCAAACCGUGCUAGCCAAGUACGCGGACUGUGUCGGCAACUUUACCGAGGUGACGGAACAGAUCAUCCCGCAAAUACAGCUGACCGAUCACAUGCUUACCUACCUGCACGGCAACUAUCUGAUCCACUACAUCUGCGACAACCGUAUCAUCUAUCUGUGCAUUACGGACGAUAAAUUCGAUCGUUCCCGUGCGUUCCUGUAUCUGAAGGAUAUCAAUGAGCGGUUUAUAUGCAUGUACGGGCUGUCGGUCGCUACCGCCAUCACGUACGCAAUGAACUCCGAGUUUGCCCGUACGCUAGCGACGCAGAUGCGGGCAAUCAACGAGGGCCAGCACCAGGACGAAAUUAGCCGCGUAAAUGGGGAGAUUGGCGAGCUGAAGGACAUUAUGGUGAAGAACAUCGAAAACAUCACGAAUCGCGGCGAACGGUUGGAGCUGCUCGUUAAUCAAACGGAAAAUCUGCGCAAUAAUUCAGUGACAUUCCGCCAAACGUCACGCAAUCUGGCCCGCACCAUGUUCUGGCGCAACGUGCGCAUGUACUUUCUCGUGACCGCCAUACUGCUGUUUGUGAUUUACGUGAUCGUAAGCAUGGCGUGCGGUGGACUGCUGUGGCAGAGCUGCAUCAACACGUCGGCUCCACCGAAGCAGCCACCGUCGGCUGGUGGUUUGUAA